CGAAAAGAAGGGCUUAUACAACGAAAUAUACCCGGCCACCUUCUGCUCACAUUUAUCAACUACUUGAUCUGAUUUAUCAAGGAUCCGAACGCACAAUAAAGGCCCUCUUGCCCUCUCGCAUCAUGCCGGCACCCACAGCCCUCAAGAAGGCGGAAAGCACCCCGCUUGUCGCAGAUGUGCCAUCACCAGCUCAGGACAAUGACCAGGAGUUUCUCCUAGACGCACCAGAUGCUGCAUCGGCCGAUGCUGAAGUCAUGGUACCAGAAGCCGCGGACGCAGAGAAUAGCAUGGCUAUUGAUGAAGAGGGACGACCUCGCUUCGCACCAGCCAAAGAUAUUGACCCCAUGAUGAGAGUCGAAACACGAAAAGUACCCAUACCACCACAUCGGAUGACGCCAUUAAAACAGGCGUGGCCUUCCAUCUAUCCUCCCAUUGUGGAGCAUCUGAAACUACAGUGCCGUAUGAACAUUGCGCGGAAAACAGUCGAGCUGAGGACUUCUAAAUCCACUACGGAUUCCGGUGCGCUACAGAAGGGCGAGGACUUUGUCAAGGCUUUCACUCUUGGAUUUGAUGUCGACGAUGCCAUUGCUCUCCUGCGACUGGACGACCUUUAUAUCGAAACCUUCGAAAUCAAGGAUGUGAAGACGGUCCAUGGAGAUAGCCAGAGCCGUGCUAUCGGUCGAAUCGCUGGCCACCAGGGAAAGACGAAGUUUGCCAUUGAGAAUGCUAGCCGAACAAGAAUUGUGCUGGCCGAUUCGAAGAUUCACAUUCUGGGAGGUUUCAAGAACAUUCACAUGGCUCGUGAAUCCGUUGUUAGCUUGAUUCUCGGAAAGCCCCCAGGCAAGGUUUACGGCAAUCUGAGAACUGUUGCUGCCAGAAUGAAGGAGCGUUUCUAAGUUGGUUGGACAAGCAUCUGCGGUACUCUUGGCGUUCAGGUGGUGGGAUAAUCAUGAUUCAUGUCUUUUGGCGGAUUUGGUGGUCUAUAUAUGUCGGAAUUGUUUUUCUGCAUAGCUUUUGAAAUAGCAUUUCACCCCAGCUUGAUGGAUCUGCUGAAUGAUGCGGUCCAAGAAGGGGGAUAUAGACAGUAAUUCACGCGCCUCAACAAGUGGCAAAUGAAUUUGAAAGAAAAGCUCUUUUUUUUAACC